AUGUCCUCGAUAGUAACAACCUUGUUCAAAGCCACUCUCGGUUUACUAGUCAACAAAGGUAGAGAUAAGGCCGCAGAGAUUCUGAAAGAUGGCGAUGUAACAGAUCGAAGACUCCACUCCUUGAUCGUCCGUGAAAUAGACGACAUCAAGUCCAAGUUGGACGCUUUAUCGAAGAAAGAUUUAGAAGCGAGUAUCAGUUUCUUUGAGGAAGGAAUUGCGUUGUUGUAUGAAGUGUUUGACAUAGUAAAGUCUAGAAACAAGCGUGGUGCGGCAACAGCACAAGCAGCUUGCGAUGAAGCAUUUUCUCUCGUUGAAGGAAUCACAAGGUUAGAGCUUACUGGCCUGGACGAGUCUGCUACAAGAAAGCUUUCCACUGCAAAGGAAAGAUUCAAAGAUGCUCGAAGGAAAGCAACGAGGGCCUUUAAAAACGAAGGCCUCAAAACAUCUGACCGCAUUCUGGCCAUGAAGUAUCGAGUAAUGGCAACGAUAUUGGAAACAGUAGACAAUCCCGCUGAUGCAGUGGCACCAUGUGGAGUGUGUGUAAAGGAACUUAACAGUCUGUCAGCAGUACAGAAUAGCUUUGACGUUCAGCUCAAGACAGGCAUUCAGAAAGUGAGGGGUUUACUUGGUAAAGAGGAAAGAAGGGAAAUAAUUUUUAAUGUUUGUCAUGUGAAUCGCGUGAUCUCUGAUAUUGCGCUCGCAUUGGGGAGAGUUGACUUCAGCCCGAGUGUUGAUAUUGGAGAAAAUAAGGUUAUUCCAUUGUGUGACGCGAAAGUAAAAGACGUGUUACUCAAACAUGGCAAAGAGUAUUGUUGUGUUCCACCAAGGUCACUUGGUCAGGAGGGUAAAGAGGAACACAAGCAAACAGACUUGCAUCACGUGAAAGUGUUUGACAACAGCGGCAAGUUUAUGAAACAAUCGAGUCUCUCUACCGAUGAAGUAAAUGCAACAUAUGCUUAUGAAGUUGCCACAGACAUGAACGACAACAUCUUCGUGCUGACCAAACUGGAGAAGCCUGGGAGUGAGUUAUCUUAUUGGGUUUAUAAACUUACUAAAACCGCUGACCUGCAUCACAAGUUUCGUCUGAGGGGAGAGGGCAGGUACAGCGGACUGUCAGUCAGUGAUGAAGGGAAAGUGGUGACCUUGAGGAGGGAGAGAGUAGUAGAGGAAUAUGACACUGAUGGAGAGCUUGUUCGCAGUUUUGAACUUGAAAGAAUGAAGUUCUUGUGUGGUGUCACUGUUGCUAAUGACGGCCGUGUUAUGGUAAUGCAACAAGAUGGCUAUGAACCCUGUGUUCACAUAUUCAGUGAAUCCGGCAACUAUCUAGACAAAUUCAAACUGCAAGAAAUUAUGUGUUGGUACAGUAGCAUUACACUUCACCGAGAAAGUGAAGAAGUCGUUGUCGCCGGUGCUAUAAAAAAAGAACUCCUGAAGAUUGAAAUGUACAGUAAAGAUGGUGAGUUUGUGCACUGUACAGAAAUCCCAGUUGAUGCUGUGAUCUAUUCUGUGUCAGGGAUUACGGUGACAACCACGGGACACAUUGCUUGUAUUGCAGAUAACAAGGUAUUUAGUUCUUGAAGAGUGGUAAGGGGGAGGUCCAAAAAGAAGAAAAAUUUGUUAACAUCUUUAAGAUUCACGUUUAUCUAAAAGAAAAAAUUCACAGUUCACAUGGUCUUAAUUUCAUAUUGUUACAAGUCAUGAAAAGUAAAAAGUCACUUGUUUAAUCCUGCAUCAUCCAAAAGCCUCUCUUUGAACUGCUGGUUUUGAUGGUUUCUUGUUUUUCUAAAUUGUUCAGCUAUCUUUUUUGGCUGAAUUCAUUUUUAAGAAGUAGUUUAUUUCCAUAUUUUCUUUUUGACUUUAAAUUUCCAGAGUGUACCUAGCUUUAAUGUAAAUUUUUGAAAGAUUAUAUGAAGAGUUAGUUUUGAUUGUGAUGACUUUAAUGACAGAACAUUUAGUUUCCUUCUUAGUAUGUAAAUGAACAGUCACAUGUAUUUGAAACAUUUUAUUUACAUGUUAAUAUUGCGUAGUAAGGUUUGUUUUUGGAGGGAGGGGUAGGAAGGAUUUGCAGAACCUUGGGAUGAAAUUGAUUUUAUUUCCUGAUUUAACUCUUGGCUAGGUUGGUUGGUUUUGACUUUGCCUCUCGAUGCAUUACAAGUUUGUUAUUGUUUCAUGUUUUAUUAUAGGCUGUUUAUCCUAUUUCUUUAUACAUUGAAAUGAUUUUAUUUUCAAAUAGUGAAAGUUUUAGCCAAAAUUUAAUGCAUUUUAUUGCAAAUUGUAGUCAGAAAUUUCUAUAAAAAUUAUUGUGUUGUUACAUAAAAAUUGUUUGAUUUGUAAAAUACCAAAACUUGAGAGAGUUAGUGGUUGGGUAUCAAAUUGAACAUAAUCAACUAGACCAAUACCUCCUGAGUAAGGCUCGUUACGCCGUAAAGUCGAGAAGUGGUAUGCGAUCCGAGAGAAAGGAGGGGUUUUUGCUACGUCAUCCCUUCGUCGGCGUGAAAACGAGGUUUUAAAGUGCAUAACAUUUGUUUACUCCCUUUUUCAACACCCUUAUCAACAUUGGCCGUCCAAAUACCCAGGUAGCUCAAAACACUUGCUUCAUUGGUUUAAUUUUACUUCAAGGUGACGUCACGUGACUUAUCAUGUGACAAGAAAAAUCCUAAAGAAGCCCUUGAAAAUAUUAAAAAAUCUUUGUCUAUUAAAUUUGAUUCUUGGCCUCUGUUGUCAAACCUUUUUAUAAUUUGGCUGUCCAAAACGUUCACUUCACCAUUAACAAGUAUUUUGUUCUUUGUUUAAUGAUCGAAGAUCAAUGCUUGGUCGAUUAAAUGACAAAACAUGCAAGCGAGGCUGACGCUCUAAGCUGUCAAUCCUCUACCUCUAGUUCAAGAUGAUAGUUUUAAAGUUUUCAGGCUGUCAUUACAGUGAAUCCUUGAAGAACUAACAUCAAGACAUCAGUAUUGCGCGGAACAUUAUUCAUUACUCAAGUAAUAGUCGUACCAAGCUUCCAAAGCACAUAGGCCUUGCACCGUGUGUGCACCAUCUCACCUCAUCGCGUCUCCUUAUAACACUCCACAACAAAAUGGGACACUGUCGCAGUUAUGACAAACUGCGUGCGACAGACACUAGUAUCGCAGCGGAAGUACUUGCUGAAGCGGACGAGUAUGGCACUGUCGUACCGAAAACAAAGCCUGGCCCCGAUUGCUCGAAAGUUGGAUAACGCUAUCCACUGGAUAAAACUCUAUACGGUGGAUACACUUAUCCAUCGGAGAGCAAUAAUACCAUGGGUCAGGAAGAUAGACUGAGUAAUAGCAUUUGAUCUUGCUAUGUGUGUGAAGGCCAAGCAAAUACAGUGGAGGCUUGCAAACAAGUUUUCCGAAGUUGUGAUUCGAAUGGGUACGUUUCAUAUCGCAUUGAACUUCUUGGUGAUUAUUGGCAAAAAGUACCUAAACUCGGGCCUUGAAGAUCUGCUGAUCGAGAACCGUACUCACAGUCCUCUGCCAGCCUGUAUAAAUCUUGAAUGAAGGCAUCCACCGACUCACCAAGUAACUAGUGUCGUUUGUUAAACGAGAUCUUUGUAUUAUCAAAUUGCGGCGAACAUCGAAAUAACUAUUGAAAGCAGUGCGAACUUGUCAUAUGUAGCUUUUUUUUCGUCGAUUCGGAGUGGCUAGAAUGUCAUACUGGCGUAUUCGCAGGGAGUGGAAGUUGACUUGGCUGUUGCGGAUUAAUUUCGUUUUCUUGUGCUUCAGAAGGCAACCCUGAGGUUUUUUUUGUGCGUGAUACUGCUGCAGUGUCGAGCAUUUUAAGGGUUAAGGACCGCUGCCACCAUGUAUGAUUUAAGACUAGUUGAACAACAACACCUUUAUUGAAGAUGGCGACCCAUGUAAGCACACGGUUCCAGCGUGCAACGCGCAAGGUUAACGUGGUUGACAACGGUAGAGAUUGGCCUAACCCUACAACCACCACCACAAGGUAACGAUUGGCACCCAGAGGGUAAAAUGUUGAAACUUGUCCUGAUGACCAGAGACCCAACACCAAGAAGUCUGUUUGAACUAACCACAUGCCAAUGUAGAAGAUCUAUGUGCCAUGCAAGUUGUUCCUGUUCUGGUAUUGGCCUUCCCUGUACAGAGUCCUGUUUGUGCACAGCAGAUGAAGAAGCCUGCCAGAACCCUCAUCGCACGCCGCUUCAUUUUGAUAGUGACUCUGAAGAUAGUGACAAGGACUAGCUAUAUAGCUAGUGUUCUGUCACGCGUGUCACGCGUCUAGCGUUACCACACAGUUUAGCAUUGUAGCAAGGUAUCAUGGUAUUGAUUUUCCAUGUGAUUUAGGGAUUGUCAUUGUAUUGUCGUGCUCGCUGGUGAAAACCCUUUCUCGUUUCACCGCGAAAAUUUACUUCGAAUAAAUCUGGUUACACUGACUGAUGAAGGAUUUACGUCUCUUUUGUUACGGUGAGCAAACUUAUGGAUCAGGGUCCAAAGGAUCAGAAUAGCUGGGCACCUCUUUAACCACAUAAAUAGUUAAUUACUCUGGAAAACCCUAACGUACAAUUUUUAACAGUAUGAUGUACACAAUUUGAGAUGCACUGUUUCUUACAAAUUGGGUAAAAAAUCGAUCAACGUUCUAACGCAGUUGCUUUUUAGUAGUAGUUUUGCAAAAUUGAAACUGUUUGUUACUGUCGAUUGUAAACAUAGGGAACAUCUUGGUCAAGACUACUUUAUAUUACUACAUGUAAAUCGUUUACCGGAAAAAAAAUGAAUGUCAGCUCUUCAAGGAUUCACUGUAGUGAUAGUCUGAAACUUUAAAACUAUCAUCUUUAACGAGAAGCAGAGGAUAAACAAUUCAGAGCAUCAGCCUCGUGUUCAUGUUUUGUCAUUUAAUCGACAAAGCAUUAAUCUUCGAUCAUUAAAAGAAGAAAAAAAUACCUGUAAAUGGUGAAGUGAAGGUUUUGGACAGCCAAAUGAUAAAAGGUUUGUGAUAAGAAAGGCCGAGCAUCAAAUUUCAUACUUGUUUAUAAAAAGACAAGGAUUUUUUAUAUUUUCAAGGGUUUCUCCAAGAUUCUUCUUGUCACGUGAUAAGUCACGUGACGUUGCCCUAUGGUGAAAUUAAACUACGAAGGAAGUAUUUUGAACUAACUGAGUAUUUGGGCCGCUUAUGCUGAUAAGGGUGUUAAAAAAAUUAGUAAACAAACGUCAUGCACUCUACAACCUCGUUUUCACGCCGGCGAAGGGAUGACGUAGCAAAAACCUCUUCUUUCUCUCUGAUCGUAUACCACUUUUCGACUUUACGACGUAGUGAGCCUUACUAAGGAGGUAUUGGUCUGAAAAAAUCCACUGUCAAACCUUUUCUAGCUCGUGGGUUGAACGAAACCCCGAUUUUCCGGUCUCUGCUACCUGACUAUUACAAACAAAGUAAGAGUUCAACUAGCGUAUCAAAUAAAUGACGUCACGCGGCCUCAAACCCUUCGUUGUCUUCUGUGUCAUUACCGUAAAAAUAGUUUCCGGGUGCUACCUGUACUUCGCUUAUCCGCAAUGUCCUCCAUAGCAACAGCCUUGUUCAAAGUCACUAUCGGUUUGCUAGUCGACAAAGGCAGAGAUAAGGCCGCAGAGAUUCUGAAAGAUGGCGAUGUAACAGAUCAAAGAUUCCACUCCUUGAUCGUCCGUGAAAUAGACGACAUCAAGUCAAAGUUGGACGCGUUAUCGAGAAAAGAUUUAGAAGCGAGUAUCAGUUUCUUUGAGGAAGGAAUCGCGUUGUUGUAUGAAGUGUUUGACAUAGUAAAGUCUAGAAACGAGUGUGGUGCGGCAGCAGCACAAGCAGCUUGCGAUGAAGCAUUUUCUCUCGUUGAAGGAAUCACAAGGUUAGAGCUUACUGGCCUGGACGAGUCUGCUACAAGAAAGCUUUCCACUGCAAAGAAAAGAUUCAAAGAUGCUCGAAGGGAAGCAACGAGGGCCUUUAAAAACGAAGGCCUCAAAACAUCUGACCGCAUUCUGGCCAUGAAGUAUCGAGUAAUGGCAACGAUAUUGGAAACAGUAGACAAUCCCGCUGAUGCAGUGGCACCAUGUGGAGUGUGCGUAAAGGAACUUAACAGUCUGUCAGCAGUACAGAAUAGCUUUGACGUUCAGCUCAAGACAGGCAUUCAGAAAGUGUGGGGUUUAUUUGGUAAAGAGGAAAGAAGGGAAAUAAUUUUCAAUGUUUGUCAUGUGAAUCGCGUGAUCUUUGAUAUUGCGCUCGCAUUGGGGAGACUUGACUUCAACCAGAGUGUUGAUAUUGGAGAAAAUAGAGUUAUUCCAUUGUGUGACGCGAGGGUAAAAGACGUUUUACUCAAACAUAGUAAAGAGUAUUGUUGUGUUCCAUUACGGUUAUUAGGUCAGGAGGGUGAGGAGGAACACAAGCUGAAGGACCCGUUGGGUAUCGCUACAAACUCCAGCGGAGAAUUUAUUGUAACAGACUUGCAUUACGUGAAAGUGUUUGACAAAAGCGGCAAGUUUGUGAAACAAUCGAGUCUCUCUACCAAUGAAGUAAAUAAAACAUUUGCUCGUGAAGUUGCCACAGACAUGAGCGACAACAUCUUCGUGCUAACCAGACUGAAGAAGCCUGAGAGAGAGAGAUCUUAUUGGGUUUAUAAACUUACUAAAACCGCUGACCUGCAUCACAAGUUUCGGCUGAGGGGAGAGAGCUUGUACUGGGGACUGUCAGUCAGUGAUAAAGGGAAAGUGGUGACCUUGCGGGACUUGGAUACAGUGGAAGAAUAUAACACUGAUGGAGAGUUUGUUCGCAUUUUUGGACAAGGAAUAAUAAGCUCAGCGUUUUCUGUCAUAGUUACUAAUGAUGGCCGUGCUAUGGUAGUAGAUGAAGAUGACCACUGUGUUCACAUAUUCGGUGAAUCCGGCGACUAUCUUGACAAGUUCAAACUGCAACGAAUUGACUAUUAUGACGCAAGCAUUACAUUUCACCGAGCAGGUGAACAAGUCGUCGUUGCUGGUACUCGAGAGGGUAAACCCCUGCAGUUUGAAAUAUACAGUAAAGAUAGCGAGUUUGUGUACUGUGCAGAAAUCGCAAUUGAUGGUGGGAUCAGUUCUGUGAGAGGGAUAACGAUGACAACCAAGGGACGCAUUGCUUGCGUUACACGUGACAAGGUAUUCAUUUUUUGAAGAGGGUUGUAAAGGGGAGGUCCAAAAGAAGAAAAAUUUGAUAAACAACGUUAAGAUUCACAUUUCUCUAAGAGGAGAAAUACACAGUUCACAUGGUCUUAAUUUUUAUAUUGUUACAAGUCAUGAAAAGUAAAAAGUCACUUGUUUAAUCCUGCAUCAUCCAAAAGCCUCUCUUUGAACUGCUGGUUUUGAUGUUUUCUUGUUUUUCUAAAUUGUUCAGUUAUCUUUUUUGGCUGAACACAUUCGUAAGAAGUAGUUGAUUUCCAUAUAUCCUUUUUGACAUUGAAUUUCCAAAGUGUACGUAGCUUUUAUGAAGAUUUUGAAAAAUUAUAUGAAGUGAUAGUUUUGAUUGUGAUGACAGAACAUUUAGUUUCCUUCUUAGUAUGUAAACGAACAGUCACAUGUAUUUGAAACAUUUUAUUUACAUGUCAAUAUUGCAUAUUAAGGUUUCUUUUUGGAGGGAGGGGUGGGAAGGAUUUGCAGAACCUUGGAAUGACAUUGAUUUUAUUUCCUGAUUUAACUCUUGGCUAGCUUGGUUGGUUUUGACUUUGCCUCUCGAUGCAUUACAAGUUUGUUAUUGUUUCAUGUUUUAUUAUAGGCUGUUUAUCCUAUUUCUUUAUACAUUGAAAUGAUUUUAUUUUUAAAUAGUGAAAGUUUUAGCCAAAAUUUAAUGCAUUUUAUUGCAAAUUGUAGUUAGAAAUUUCUAUAAAAAUUAUUGUGUUGUUACAAAAAACUUGUUUGAUUUGUAAAAUACCAAAACUGGGUAUCAAGCUGAACAUAAUCAACUAGCCAAUACAAACUUGUUCACUUAAUUCAUAGGGAAACCUUUUCAUAGUUUCCUUUCAUGCAAUGGAUUUAUUGAAAGGAAUGAUAGAAAAUCGAAGAAGUAUGGUUUUAGCAGAAAAAAUUUAAAAAACCAGUUGAGUUAAUGUGGCCUGUCAUUCCUGUUUAUUCCUUUGGUAAUGUAUUAAAACAAUUUUUACUUAAAUCCAAAGAUUUUAUCCCUGCCAUUUUCAGGAUGUUUAUUAGUCAUUGCACAAUAGAGAAUUAUCUUGUUACUGUGCAUGUGCAAAAUUUUCCAGUCAAAUUUAAAUUUUCUGAGCUAUUUUUUCUUUUGCUUAUGAGGUUUAUUCUCCUGUUACUACCAGAACAUCUUUCAAGAAGACUCUUCACUUUGCCUUUAGCAGCACCUAUUUUGAGCUCUGUGUGAUACUAUAAGACUGUGAUUAUCAUUCACUUACCAGGCAAUCAAUGUCACAAGUAAACAAGUUACUUUGUUAGUAUAAUUAGUAGUCUGAUUAGUAUACUUAUUUUAUGGAAAAUGCUGAACAACUUUUAACCCUUUAAAUCCCACAAUCUGAUGGUAACUUCUCCUCUCUUGCCACUACACAUUUCCUUGUAAAUAAGUUAGGAGAAUUUGGUGUUAGGUUGAGAUAACUUCUUCUUGAUAAGUUUGAGUAUUCUGAUGACCUGUUUGCUGUCAGAUAAUGUUUAGAUAUUAUAGGGAGAAGUUACUUGUUAAUCACUUUGGGAGUUAAAGGAUUAACAGAAUUUUAUUGGAUUUCAGUGCGGCUUAAUAUGCCCACUUCAAUUAUUGAACAGUCUCAUUCCUAAGCAAUAUCACUUUCAAUUGAUUAAUAGAGUCUAUUAAACCUACAUUGUGGCAACUUAAUACUCACUGAGGUUUAGUUAAAUUGAAAUUCCUAAAGAUUGGAUUUGUUUAUCAUGAUGUCUUUAGUAUUCCUUACAAAGCAUUAUUUUUGUAUACAGUAUGGCAAUAGCAUUGUUGUGGGUAACCAGUCAACUCGCCGACGGACCAACUCGCCGACGCCAACUCGCCGACGUAUAAAAUCGAGUAGAGACGUCGGCGAGUUGGUCGUCAAUCCAAUACAACUUAUUAGAAGUUAAACAUACAGAGAAGUAAACGAAAUUUAGUAAAAAAACUCUGGCGAACAUUGGUGAACAUCAAACAGAAGCUUAAACAUCGGUGAACAUUGGUGAACAUCACCAAUGACUAUAACAGCUUAAGACGCGAACGAGUUAUUGUGCGACAAUAACACCGUAAAGACUCAUCAUGUCAAUCGCUCAGAUUUUUUAACGAAAACUUGGCUUUCUAGACGAGAUCUUUAGAAAAAUGCAAUUAUUUUUAUUUGCAACAAAGUUUAUAAGGAUCUUAAGGCGAAUAAAGCGAAGUAAACCUCACCAACGACUCUAACAGCUUCAGACGCGAACGAGUUAUUGUGUGACAACAACACCGUUAAGACUCAGCAUGUCAAUCGCUCAGUUUUUUUAACGAAAACUUGGCUUUCUAGACAAGAUCUUUAGUAAAAAGCAAUUCUUUUUAUUUGCAACAAAGUUUAUAAGGAUCUUAAGGCGAAUAAAGCGAAGUAAACAUCACCAACGACUCUAACAGCUUCAGACGCGAACGAGAUAAAUUAUUGUGUGACAACAACACCGUAAAGACUCAUCAUGUCAAUCGCUCAGAUUUUUAGACGAAAACUUGGCUUUCUAGACGAGAUCUUUAGUAAAAUGCAAUUCUUUUUACUUGCAACAAAGUUUAUAAGGAUCUUAAGGCGAAUAAAGCGAAGUAAACCUCACCAACGACUCUAACAGCUUCAGACGCGAACGAGUUAUUGUCUGACAACAACACCGUAAAGACUCAUCAUGUCAAUCGGUCUUAUUUAUUUAAGUCAAGACGCUUGGUAAAAAGUCAACGCACAAAUAUAUUUUUUGGUCUUACUACUCGUGUUAAAUGCAAUCGAAAGUGACGGUUUUCUGUGGAGAGCCUCGAGGCGAUUAAAGACCUUGUUUUCUGGCGCACAGCUGUUUUCAAACGAGGCGCUCAUUUUUUAAAACCAACAUGUUUACCUAACACGAGGAUCCCUCUUUGCAAAGGCGCCGAAUUCGUGUAACUAUGUUGAUAAUACAAGAUACACUGAUCAAAGCAAUGAUUUCUAGUUUUUGCAAGAGCAUGUAUUUGAGUUAUUUUCGUUUUCAAUCAAAUGCGUGGCAAGAUGAGGGUGUGAUAUUUUUUCACUCACAAGUCUCACAACGAAAGAAGGUGCAAGGUUUUUAUUUACUUUUGAAAAAAGCAGGUCUUGCUUAAAAGCAAGUCUCUCCCAUUUAAAACUAUCAGAGUUUUACAGCGGAUUCUAACAAUCUUUGUUAAAAGUAAGGAGCUAUCAACAGCUUCUCCAAAUUUUCGGAGAGAGCAGGCGCUGGCGCACAGCUGUUUUCUAGUUUUCAACCAAACGCGCGGCAAGACGAGGGUGUGAUAUUUUUACUCACAAGUCUCACAAUGGAGAAGUUACGAAUUUUUUUUUUGUUUUAUAUUCUCUUUCGAGAAUUUGAAAGAUGAAUCUGACAGCGUCAAUGACGAAUAUACACGUAACCUGUUGAGCAAAAAAAAAAAAAGAAACAAGCAGGACAUGACGAUGCGAAAAAAAUCUCAGCUCCUGCUAAAAAAUUGUGGGAGGAGAUUAUUCAGUUUUUCGUGCUUACGAAGCGCAUUGUUCUAAAUUUUCUGUCCAAUGUUUUUUUACUAAAUACCGUUUAAUUUUCUGUAUGUUUAGCUUCUAAUAAGUUGUAUUGGAUUGACGACCAACUCGCCGACGUCUCUACUCGAUUUUAUACGUCGGCGAGUUGGUGUCGGCGAGUUGGUCCGUCGGCGAGUUGACCGUAAACCUUGUUGUGCAUUACAAUUUUCCUAAUGUGUUUUUUGUAUCUACAGCUCUAAGCUGAUUCAGUAGGUUUAAUUAGAAGAGUUAUUGAGUUACUUUUUUUUACGACUAACAAUGCUUUAAAACUGUAAAGUAAUUUAGAGGGGUGAAUUGGUUUGCAGAUAUUUGGAUUUAGGUUUUAUAACUCACUCAUUGCCAAUUUUAUGCAAUAUUUUGUAGAUUUGAAACACUUGCUUUGAAUUCUGGACUCAAUGCAUUUGAUAAUGUGGAGUGUGGAUAGGAGAUAAGUCAGUAAGGUAAAUUAUCAAAAGGAUUCAUGAAUAAUUUAUUUUACUUUUAUUAUUCAGUCGAACAAUGCUUGAAAAC